UAGCGUGUGCCCUCCACACUUUUACCUUACAAAAAUCAUUUCCACAUCAAGAAAAAACUCCAUAUCCAUCUAUAUAUACACGCACACAUUUACACUCUUCAUUUCAAAUUAUUCCCAAUGGAGAAACCACAAAUUGACAACACCACAAAAACCAUGUCCAACAAAAACAUCGAAAUCGAAUUAGGGCAAACUGAAGAAGCCCUAGUUGAGGCCGAAGACUACUCAAAGCGAGCACAAUGGCUCCGUGCGGCCGUCUUGGGCGCCAACGACGGCCUCCUCUCCACCGCGUCGCUCAUGAUGGGCAUCGGAGCAGUCCGGCGCGACGCCAAGACUAUGCUCCUCACCGGCGCCGCCGGCAUGGUGGCCGGAGCCUGCAGCAUGGCCAUCGGAGAGUUCGUCUCCGUCUACUCUCAGCUCGACAUCGAGGUGGCUCAGAUCAAGAGAGAGCGAAGCAGCGAUCGCGGCGCGGAGAGGAACCUCCCGAGCCCGCUGCAGGCGGCCGGGGCGUCGGCGGCGGCCUUCACGGUGGGGGCGGGGGUUCCUCUGCUCGCGGCCGCGUUCGCUCGGGACUACCGUGUGAGGCUCGGGGCAGUGGUGGCGGCAGUGAGCGUGGCGCUUUUAGGGUUUGGGUGGGCCGGGGCGGCCCUUGGCCGGGCGCCGCCGGUGAGGGCGGCGCUGAGGGUGCUGUUUGGGGGUUGGGUGGCGAUGGGGAUCACUUUUGGUAUUACCAAGUUGAUUGGUUAUAGUAGUGGCGUUUGAUUAACUAAAGUUACUAUCUUAGUAGAUUCGAACUCAUGACCUAUUGAUGUUUAUUUUUGAGUUCAUAUAAUAAUUUAUUGUUAUUUGGGAUUUAACUUUUGCAAAUUUAGACAUUGGUAUGAUGUAAUACUCCCUUUUUGUAUGUUCAAUAAUAGAAGUUUUAUUUUUCCA